AUGCCCUUGUCGUGGUAUCCUCGUAAUUUCACGAAUCCCGAUUAUACUCAAAUGGACCACUCGAUGCGAAUUAGUGAUGAUUCACUGUAUGCCGUACAACUUGGACUUUACGUUAUCGGUUACACUGAAGCUAACGAUCCGAAGCUGAGAAAAUUCCGUCCAAUGUUUCGAACACUAUGUCGACUGGCAACAUACUCGAAUCGCAAUACACCAGAAUAUCGUUUCACACCUCAGGAAGAACGAAUCAAUUUGCUGAAUGUAAGCAGUUUUGAACAUCAAAUGCGAUUGAUUUCAUAG